AUGCUCUGUAAUGUAGGGUGGUGGUUACGAGCUGAUACUUCCCCGUCACAAGUAACAAUGAAACAAAAAGUCGGCAUCGCCUCCACCAUUAUUGGAGUGGAAGGCAUGACUUGUGGGUCCUGCGUCCAGUCCAUCGAGCAGCGCAUUGGAGCCUUUCCAGGAGUGAUCCACAUAAAGGUGUCUUUGGAGUUGAAAAAUUCGUCUAUUAUAUUCGACCAAAGUAAGCAAACCGCUGAUUCUCUGUCCUUGGCCAUUGAAGACAUGGGUUUUGAGUCGCUUCUAUCCGAGUCAAGCGAAGCCACACCUGUGGACACGGACACUCUGCUUGUCCCAGCCUCAGGGCUCUCUCCCGCUGCCCAACAAGAGGCGCUGGAGCGGCUCACACGUAUUCAGGGAGUGCUGGACGUCAACCACAGCUUUGCGCAAGGAGGAUUUAUUAUCACUUAUGUUACAGUGCUAACAUCUGCACAACAGCUCAAUGAAGUAGUCUCCAGUGUAACAGCGACAGUCUCUCCCAAGGACCGCACCCCCAGUUUAUCCCUGUCCCACAAGGCCGGAUCUGAGGAAACUCUGCUGAAACUGAGCAUCGAAGGAAUGACCUGCCACUCCUGCGUCACCACCAUCGAAGGGAAGAUUGGAAAGCUGAAAGGCAUUGACAAAAUUAGAGUUGUUUUAGAUGCGAAAGAAGCUACUAUUGUUUACCGGCCAUACCUUAUCACCAUCCAAACAAUCCUGGACCAAAUAUCUCGAGCAGGCUUUAAGGCCUCUGUCAAGUCCAAGCCCCGACCUCUACAGCUGCCUUGUGAUAUUGAGCGUUUUGUCGAUUCCCAAAAUUCCGUCGUUUCUUCUCCGUCAGAAACGACAGAGGAGACCGAAAUCUUCAUAGACACAACUCCCGUCACACUCAGGGUCCAAGGCAUGCACUGCCGCUCAUGUGUUGUCAAUAUCCAGGACAAUAUUGCGAUGCUACCCGGCAUAUCUUCUGUCGAGGUUUCACUAGAAAAAGAAAAGGCUUCUAUAGUUCACGACCCUCUGCAGAUCUCGGAAUAUCAAAUACAGCAGGCCAUUGAAGCUCUUCCACCGGGAAACUUUAGAACUGAGCUCUGGGGCUCUCCUGGCGCUCUCAGUUCUAGCCCUUCUCACUCUGUCUCCACGCUGCCUAGUUUUGGAGGCCACGUGAAGUAUGCCAUGCCCCAGCCUUGCCUAAGUCAGCCGCUGUCCUCCGUAGCAAAUAUUCAUAUUGAGGGCAUGACGUGUAACUCCUGUGUCCAGUCCAUUGAAGGAGUGAUCUCGCAACGAAAAGGAGUCAAAUCGGCCAAAGUCUCUCUUUCUGAGCACGAAGGAGUCUUUGAGUUUGAUCCUUUAGUGACCACACCGGAAGAGCUUAGGGCUGCCGUUGAGGACAUGGGCUUUGAUGCUUUUUUACCUGAAACAAACUCGUUGCUGCCAAAAUCGAAUGUGAAUGUUUCAAAGUCACCGAGCCCUGCGCCUUUGAAAGACGUAAACGAUGAGAUACUCAAGGAAAACACUCAAGGGAAUCGUAAAGACGUAUACUCAAAAUGUUACAUCCAAAUUGGAGGCAUGACUUGUGCUUCUUGUGUGGCGAACAUCGAGCGUAACCUCAAGAAUGAGCCUGGAAUUGUCUCAGUUCUUGUGGCACUUAUGGCCAGUAAAGCAGAGGUGCGCUUUAACUCUGAAAUAACGGACCCCGCGAAGAUUGGGGAGUGUAUUAAAGAGUUGGGGUUUACUGCCUCUGUCAUGGAGAACUAUGAAGGAUCUGAUGGAAAUCUUGAACUCGUGAUCCGGGGAAUGACAUGUGCCUCUUGUGUUCACAAAAUUGAAUCCAGUCUUAUGAGAGAAAAGGGGAUCAUAUAUGCUUCUGUUGCCUUGGCAACCAAUAAAGCACAUAUUAAAUAUGACGUUGAAAUCAUGGGUCCUCGAGACAUUAUUAAACAUAUUGAGAAUCUUGGAUUUGAGGCAACUUUAGUUAAAAGGGACCGUACUGCAAGCCACUUAGACCACAGCAAAGAAAUAAAACAAUGGAGAAAGUCCUUUUUUGUCAGCUUCAUCUUCUGUGUGCCGGUCAUGGGCAUGAUGAUCUACAUGAUUGUUAUGGACCAUCAAAUGCACACUGCUCAUCGACACAACUUCACAUCAGAGGACCGCAAUCGCUUUCACUCAACAAUGUUUCUGGAAAGACAGCUGAUUCCAGGACUCUCUGUUAUGAACCUACUCUCUUUCCUGUUUUGUGUGCCUGUCCAGUUCAUUGGGGGUCGCUACUUCUACAUCCAAGCCUUUAAAGCUGUCAAACACAAGUCGGCCAACAUGGAUGUGCUGAUAGUUCUGGCCACCACUAUUGCCUUCACCUACUCUCUAAUCGUUUUAAUUGUAGCCAUCAUUGAAAAAGCAAAAAUUAACCCCAUUACCUUCUUUGAUACACCACCGAUGCUCUUUGUCUUCAUCUCUCUUGGACGGAUGCUUGAGCAAAUUGCAAAGAGCAAAACUUCGGAAGCUUUGUCCAAAUUAAUGUCACUCCAAGCUACAGAGGCGACGGUGGUUUUGCUUGCCAGUGACAUGUCCGUUAUCAGUGAAGAACAAGUGGAUGUGGAGCUAGUUCAGAGAGGCGAUGUGGUCAAAGUUGUUCCCGGAGGAAAGUUUCCUGUUGAUGGAAGAGUCAUUGAGGGACACUCCAUGGCUGAUGAAUCCCUCAUUACAGGGGAAGCAAUGCCAGUAACUAAGAAGCCUGGAAGCACAGUAAUUGCAGGGUCCAUUAACCAAAAUGGCUCUCUACUUGUGAGUGCGACACAUGUUGGCAUGGACACAACUCUGUCUCAGAUUGUCAAACUAGUCGAGGAAGCUCAGACCUCUAAGGCUCCAAUUCAGCAGUAUGCAGAUAAGAUUAGUGGCUACUUUGUUCCAUUUAUCGUUGGUGUUUCACUCCUUACUCUGGUAGCAUGGAUUUUCAUUGGUUUUUUGAAUUUCUCUCUGGUUGAAGAAUACUUUCCUGGAUAUGACAAGAGCAUUUCAAGGACUGAAGCAGUGAUUCGCUUCGCCUUCCAGGCCUCAAUAACCGUGUUAUGCAUUGCCUGUCCCUGUUCUCUUGGCUUGGCAACCCCAACAGCUGUUAUGGUGGGCACAGGAGUUGGAGCUCAAAAUGGCAUUCUGAUAAAGGGAGGAGAGCCACUAGAGAUGGCACAUAAGGUUCAGGCUGUUGUAUUUGACAAAACGGGUACCAUCACAUAUGGUGCUCCAAAAGUUGUUCAGAUGAAAAUGGUCGUUGAAAGUAACAAGAUACCCAGGUCUCGCCUUUUGGCUAUUGUCGGAACAGCAGAGAACAAUAGUGAACAUCCACUGGGUGCAGCCAUCACUAAAUUCUGCAAACAGGAACUUGGCACAGAGUCCCUCGGUACUUGCACAGACUUUCAGUCCGUGCCGGGCUGUGGCAUUCGAUGUCAAGUGAGCAACACUGAGGCACUUUUGAAGCAGGCGGAUAGCGACAGUGAAGAUAACAACCAACGCAACAGUGUCUUGAUUCAAAUCAGCGACACCCGAACCUCCUCCAGCUCCCACCCCCUCAUCAUGGACCCGCAGCCUCUCAGUCUGGUUCAGACAUCCACCUAUGUUGUUUUGAUUGGAAACCGGGAGUGGAUGCGGCGAAACUGCCUUCAGGUCAGUCCUGAAGUAGACGAUGCAAUGACGGAGCAUGAGCGCAGAGGACGCACCGCUGUAUUGGUUGCCAUAGACAAUCUGUUGAGUGUAAUGAUAGCCAUCGCUGACACGGUGAAGCCAGAGGCAGAGCUGGCAGUGCACACUUUGACUAACAUGGGGCUGGAAGUGAUCCUUAUGACGGGAGACAACAGCAAGACUGCACGAGCUAUAGCUGCCCAGGUGGGCAUCCGGAAGGUGUUUGCUGAAGUUCUUCCAUCACAUAAAGUGGCCAAAGUGGAGCAGCUGCAGCAGGCGGGAAAGAGGGUGGCCAUGGUGGGAGACGGUGUCAAUGAUUCACCAGCUUUGGCGAUGGCAGAUGUGGGGAUCGCCAUAGGAACGGGAACAGAUGUUGCCAUAGAGGCGGCAGAUGUGGUGUUGAUAAGAAAUGACUUGUUGGACGUUGUGGCCAGCAUUGAUCUCUCUAAAAAGACAGUCAAGAGAAUAAGAAUUAACUUUAUUUUUGCAUUGAUCUACAACCUGGUUGGCAUCCCUAUUGCUGCUGGUGUGUUCCUUCCCAUUGGUCUGGUGCUGCAGCCAUGGAUGGGCUCAGCUGCCAUGGCCUUGUCUUCUGUUUCCGUCGUUUUGUCGUCUCUUCUACUUAAAUGUUACACCAAACCCAGCGCAGAGAAAUUGGAAUCUCGCUUUGGGAAGAGUCGACACCAAGGCAGUCUGUCUGACGUCAGCGUGCACAUUGGCAUGGGCGAGCUGCGAAGAACCUCCCCGAAACUCAGUCUGCUGGAUCGCAUCGUUAACUACAGCCGUGCCUCCAUCAACUCACUGCGCUCGGACAAGCACUCGCUCAACAGCCUGGUGCUGGAGCCCGACAAGCACUCGCUGUUAGUGGGAGAGGCGGCAGCGGAGGAGUUCUGCUGA